GUCCGGUUCAGUCCAUCUGAAGCCUUCGUCAAAAUUGCAUCCUUUUGAAAAUUGACGAUCUUGUCGUUUUAUUCAAGGUUGUACACACGUGGUAGAUGCAAAAUAUCGGAAGUGUAUUUUAGUGUUAAACCUUUAUUUUUUUUUUUUACAAAAAAAAAGUUGGAUUACAUUUACGAUGUGGAGGAUCAUUAUUGCAGGAUUUUGCACAGUCGCUGCAACGGUUGCUCAAGAUUAUGAAGUCUCAGAAAUUCAAUGUAGUGGAGCAGGAUCGGCCAAUGAUUUAUUAACUGCAAAAAUAAAAAGGCCUGUUGGUUUUAGAGGUUCGCCUCUCUUUGCCGAUGACAGAGCCGCUGACCCUCUCACAGAUAUUAAUUGUCAAAUAAGGCCAGAUCCUAAUGAUCCGCAGGAGGAUAAUUAUUUCUUGAAAGUGACAGACUUUACUCGUUGUGGAAUCUUGAAAAGAAAUGGAUUCAUUCAUCUCAGGGUGUGGUUUCCGGCAUUUCCAGGAGUUGUAAUGCUUGCAGAUCAAGAAUUAAUUUUAAUGUGUCGUCCACCGGAGCCAACAUUAUUGAGGCAUAAAGCUGCCGGUUUCGCUGGAACUUUUCCCCAUGGAGCAAGAGUUUCAGGUGUAGUUGAAGAAACACCAGGACGUCUAGAAUACGAAGUGGCUCUUUAUCGUGAAGCUGCUGGCAAUUCAUCUGAUCCAAAUCAAAGUUCUUCGCAAACAGUUGAUCAAGCUGUUCCAAUUGGCACUAAAUUACAGUUGAGAGCACGUAUUAGCGCCGAGAGUGCAUGGGGUUUCAUUAAACUUUUAGAAGUAACAGUAAGUCCCGAUCCUGAUCAACCGCAUGCGCCAGGAAGUGUUUUCCUCGUGAAGGACGGUUGUAGAAAUCGUGAUUUUGCUUCGAUUAUUCCUCAUCAACCGGCUCGUUAUCGAGAUAAGAAAAAUGAAGUUUUUCUUGAUUUUGAAGCAUUUCUAUUGAGUUCCAUGAGAGACAGAUCAACACUCUGGAUUCAUUCUCAAAUCAAGGCUUGCAUGGAGCCCCAAGAUUGUCAACCGGAUUUCUGUCUGGACUUGUUUGAACCUUCAGGACAUGGAAAACGCAGAAGAAGAAUGUCCGAAAAGGAAAAUUUAGAAAAAGAUUUAUUCCCAAGGGUGGAGCGAUUAAUUCAAAAAUACAAUGAUUCAACUCCAUUCACAAAAUUCAAGGAAAAUAUCGAGUAUACCGUUAUGAUGCCAGACGAUGUUUACGACAGGAUGACAUCAGGUUUCGAAAGCAGUUGUGGAAGUUUCCUUUAUGUAGCAACAGGCCUUGGAGCAUUAUUGGUCCUUUCGGCUCUAAUUAUGUGUUAUCUGGCCUCUCGUCUCCAAAGUAUUUCUCAAUUACCUCAUAAUAAAAGUAUCGAUGAACUUGUCAGAGAUCGUGCUAGAAAAUAUUACGAACCAUCAUCUGGAUAUACUGGUCGAGCAACCAUACAAUAAUACAAAUAUUAAAAAAAAAAAAAAAAAUCAUUUCUGAAACAAAAGACUUUAAUCUUCGGUGCGGUUUUAUUUUUAUAAACAAAAAAAAAACUACAAUUAAAAAUUGUAAUUUACUAAUUUUUAAGACAAAAAUCUUCUCUCUCCAUAUUAAUGGAGUAUUUUUAUAAUUUGUUUUUGAAAACAAAUACUGUACUGAAUUUCGAUUAAGAAACUCCAAAUCGCAAUGCUAUUUCGUGACCUGAAGGAAUCGAGCAAUUUUUUUUUUUUACUUUUUGUUCGUGCAAUAAUUAAUAUAUAGCUUAGAGUUUAUUAGUAAAAAUUAAUUAGAAUUUUAAAUAAAUUAAUAGAUAUUGUUUGAUAACUAGAAAGAAUUUAAGCUUUAAACUCACAUGUUUUAAAAAUGUGUUUUAUUUUAGUAAUAAACUCUGUACAUACAUAUAAUUUUUUGGUAUAUAAACAUAAGCGCAUCAAAUUAUGAAAAUUUUUUCUAUAUAAUAAUUUAUUACUAUAUUUAUUUAUUUAUAAGUGUGCGCCAAACAGUCUCUCAAACAGAAGAAAGUUUAAAUGAAUAGUGAACGAAUAUAAACUGUAGAAUAAGAUUUUUAUAUUUAUUUAAAUUAUUAAAAAUAAUAUAUAAAAAAAAAAUUUCCCACUGUGUCUUCUUAAUUGUUUUCUAUUUAAAAUUAACAAAAAGAAAUCUGUUUCUUUGAGACAAAUAUAAAUAAAAAUUUUAUUUACUUAUUAAAAAAUUUUAAAUGUUAUAUUUCAUUAUGUGAGCACAAUUUAUUUUAUCAAAUAAUAUACAGCUAAAUUAAAAUAAAUCUAUUAAUAAUUUUUUAUUAUUUAAAAAAAAAAAUUGAAAAUGCUCUUAAAAAAUAAUUUUGAUUCAAAUAAAAUUAUGAGACAGUCUUUCAUUUUCUCAAAAUUAUUUCAUAUUUUCUAUUGAUUUAACUAUUCGGUUUUUUUUUAAAUCAUCAAAAAAAAGGAGCACAGAGCGAAUUUAUUCACAAUACAUGAAGAAAAAACAUCUAUCAUGAAAAUUUUUAAUACAAACAUUUAAAAACUAAACUAAAAACGUAUAGCAUAACUCUAGUCGUUAUUCUUGAUUUUGAUAUGAUUUUUUUAUCCAGUAUUUCUAGUUUACUAAAAAUUCUCUCGACGAGAAGAGGUAGUUUAAAAUUUUACUUUAUGUCAGUCACAUGAUGAUUUUACAUAAAAUUAUGAAAUACUAUACAUAAAAAUAAAUGAUUAAUUUUUAUUCAACAUAUGAGUUAAAUAAUACUCGUUAUGUUCAAUAAAUUGAUUAAAAAAAAAAAAAAA